AUGCCCAAGUACCACGACUAUGACUAUCUGUUUGCGUUUUCGAUGAUCGGCGCGUUCGUCAAUGCGUAUGGUAUCGGAGCGAACGAUGUGGCCAAUUCGUUUGCGACGUCGGUGUCGUCAAAAUCGCUCACGUUCCGCCAAGCGAUGGUGUGCGCUGCUUUCUGCGAGUUCCUCGGAGCGGUUCUUGUGGGUGCGCGUGUGGCAUCGACGAUCAAGAACGGCAUUAUCGACCUCGACGUCUUCAACGGCAACGCGUCGGUGGUUCUUCUCGCAUUCACCUGUUCCAUCAUCGGAUCGGCUAGCUGGCUCACGUUUGCAACUCGCAAUGCGAUGCCUGUCUCGACAACGCACACCACAGUCGGAUCGGUGAUCGGGGUGGGUAUCGCCGUCAGCGGCGCUAACGGUGUCAAGUGGGGAUGGAACGGUGUUGCUCAGAUCUUUGCUAGUUGGGGUAUCGCUCCUGCGGUCGCAGGUGUCUGUGCAGCUUGCGUUUACCUGAUCACCAAGUUGGUCGUGCUCAAGUCGCGCAACCCGGUGAUGGUGGGCUUGUGGACUGCGCCUGUCUACUUUUUCAUCGUAUCCGGUGUGCUCACCGUGUCGAUCAUCGUCAAGGGAUCGCCUUCGCUCAACUUGGACGAGUUGCCGCCGAGCACUACGAUUGCCGCGGUUCUGGGAACCGCGUCAGUAGUGGCACUGCUGUCCAUCCUCUUCUGGCUGCCUUAUGUUCAUGGAAAGGUGGUCAAGGGUGAUUACACGCUCAAGUGGUACCACUUUUUCAUGGGUCCCUUGCUGUGGAGACGACCUGCACCCGAGGAUGCGGUCACUGCCGACAUGGCUGUACCGGACUACAAGCUGCAUGACUUUGACGAGCCGGCGGAGCAGCAGGCGGUUUCGGAGCGUACGGCGGCGGCCGUACGUGCGCAGCCAGUGGUUGCUGGUGCAGCUCUGCAACGCAUCGACCAUUCCAACGACAUUGAAUCGGGUGCCAACAGCGAUACGCACGGUUCUUCGCCUUCGACCGAAGAGAAGAAUGCCAAGCUCGUGCAGCCUGGAUUCUGCAACGACAGCCCUUCGCAUCUUGCACGCGUCGAGGCUGAACUGGAAGGUGCGCACGCAUUACCUGCGGAACACACACCGGGACGACCCACACCACCGGCAUACCGUACGUUCGAAGGUAGCUGGCUGGAGCCGUGGAACCUGUACACCAUCAUUCGGUAUAACAUGCUUCCUUGGAUGUGGUACAGUGUCUCGGCGGGGUUGAGGACCGACAUUCACGCUAUGCAAGCGCACGGCUCCGAGAAGGAAAAGGCAAAGUUGCGUCAGAUGCAUGCGGUGGCUGAACAGUACGACAAUCGCGUAGAACACCUCUACUCGUUCAUGCAGGUCAUGACUGCAUGCACAGCAAGCUUCGCACACGGCGCCAACGAUGUUUCCAACGCAAUUGGACCUCUCGCUGUGGUCUACUCGAUUUGGUCCACAUCUCUGUUCCCGGAAAGCAAGGAACCCGUUCCGAUCUGGAUCCUCGCUUUUGGUGGUGCAGCCAUCGUGAUCGGUCUCGGCACGUAUGGUUGGAAGCUCAUGUCGGUGCUAGGUAACCGACUUACCAUGCACUCACCAAGCCGUGGAUUCUCCAUGGAACUCGGCGCAAGUAUCACGGUAGUCAUUGCAAGCUAUCUAGGCCUUCCUGUCUCGAGCACACAAUCUAUUACUGGCGCGACGCUCGCUGUUGGUCUCUGUAACGGUGACUACAAGGCGAUGAACUGGAAAAUGCUCGCUUGGAUCUUCUUUAGCUGGAUCCUCACUCUCCCCAUCGCUGGUUUGAUCAGCGGCUGCUUGCUCGCAAUCGUCCUCAAUGCCCCGAGCUGGUACACUCCCGCACCUGUACUUUGA